UGUUUUGGGCGAGCAGUCUGGAAUCCUUCUGUGACUGCUAUUUUGGAAAUAAGAACAGACACUCUUCAGUAGUAACCCGGGAAAGAACAAACAGCGGACCUCUGGAGACUGGCCUGUCCCUUUCCGGUGACAACCUACCCCGGGUUCUGAGGAAUUCCUUGUCGCGGCUUUUGGAGUGCCCAGCUUUGCGUUUGUGUUGAGCCAGGCUGGCGGGUCUACUCCCGGCUGCUGCUGCUGAACGAGCCGGCGAGUGUCUCUCUCUUGGCAAGAACAUUCCCCUUCGUGAAGCAACCCCACCCCUGCAUCCCAGCCAGCCUUCCGUGAAAGAGCAUCAAACUAAGGAAAAAAAAAGAGAAUAUGCUGGAUCUGGAAUAUUUUUGGAACCGGCUGUUGCUGACACUUGGUGUGCUUCUGGUUUUAAAGCCCUCUGGUUGCGUCCGUACGUCAGACUCGCGGCCAAACUUUCUUCUGCUGAUGGCAGAUGACCUCGGCAUUGGAGACGUCGGCUGCUAUGGAAACAACACCAUAAGGACUCCAAAUAUUGACCGGCUUGCAGAGGAUGGUGUGAAGCUCACUCAGCAUAUCUCGGCUGCGCCGGUGUGCACGCCAAGCAGAGCUGCGUUCCUCACUGGCAGGUACCCCAUCCGAUCAGGUAUGGUUUCCAGCAAUGGUAACCAAGUUCUUCAGUGGACAGGAGUAUCUGGAGGCAUUCCAACAAAUGAGAUGACAUUUGCAAAAAUAUUAAAAAAUAAAGGCUAUGCCACAGGACUAAUAGGAAAAUGGCAUCUGGGACUCAACUGUGACUCAGCUGGUGAUCACUGCCACCACCCGCUCAACCAUGGGUUUGACCACUUCUACGGCAUGCCUUUCUCCCUGAUGGGUGAUUGUAUACAGUGGGAAAUCUCAGAGAAGCGUGCAGGCUUGGAGCACAGACUCAACUUGUGUGUUCAAAUCGUGGCCUUUGCUGCCCUCACACUCACCGUGGCAAAGCUCAUUCACCUGAUAUCCAUCGCAUGGAUGCCAGUCAUCUGGUCAACCGCAGCAGCUGUCCUGCUCUUCUUGACCUCCUAUUUUGUGGGCGUUCUGAUUGUUCAUGCGGACUGUUUCCUGAUGAGACAUCACACCAUCACGGAGCAGCCCAUGCAUUUCCAAAGAACCACACCUCUCCUUCUCAAGGAGGUCAGCUUGUUUGUCCAAAGAAACAAGCACAAGCCUUUCUUGCUCUUUGUUUCCUUCUUACAUGUCCACACCCCUCUUAUUACUACCAAGAACUUCUGCGGGAAGAGUCUCCAUGGGAUGUACGGGGACAAUAUCGAGGAGAUGGAUUGGAUGGUGGGACAGAUCCUUGAUACUUUGGACAAGGAAGGUUUGACCCAGAGCACCCUCGUGUAUUUUACAUCUGAUCACGGCGGAUCCUUGGAGUCUCAGCUUGGAAACAAUCAGUAUGGUGGCUGGAAUGGAAUAUAUAAAGGUGGAAAAGGCAUGGGAGGCUGGGAAGGUGGGAUCCGUGUCCCGGGAAUAUUCCGGUGGCCUGGGGUGCUGCCUGCCGGCCGAGUGAUCGACGAGCCCACGAGCCUGAUGGACGUCUACCCCACCGUGGUGCAGCUGGGAGGUGGCCAGGUGCCCCGGGACAGAGUGAUCGAUGGCCAGGACCUGUUGCCUUUGCUUCAGGGGACAACACAGCACUCAAGCCACGAGUUCCUGCUGCAUUACUGCGAGGACAUCCUGCACGCAGCCCGCUGGCACCAGCGUGAACGGGGAACAGUGUGGAAGGUCCACUACAUGAGCCCAGUGUUCCACCCAGAGGGAGCUGGCGCCUGCUAUGGGAAAGCCGUCUGCCCGUGCUCCGGGGAAAAAGUGGCCUUGCACGAUCCACCACUACUGUAUGAUCUCUCGAGAGACCCUUCUGAGGCCCAUCCCCUGACACCGGACAUGGAGCCCUCAUUCACCCAGGUGCUGGAGAGAGUGGAGCAGGCCGUGCGGGAGCAUCGGAGAACCCUGAGCCCAGCUCCCAUGCAGCUGGACUCCGGGAACGUGUGGAAGCCGUGGCUCCAGCCUUGCUGUGGCCUGUUCCCACUCUGCUGGUGUGAUCAGGAAGAUGACUGGCAGUGAGUGACAGCCGGCGCAAGCUGGGCCUGCUGCUGUCCCCCGUCACUGGAUUUCUUCACUUGGGGCAAAAUAAAUCUUUGCUGGGAAUUGAGGAAUCCAUUUCUAUAGGGCUUAAUUGGUUCACCAGGUCAAAAGAGAAAGCAUCAAGAAAAAGCAGUAAGGGGCCAUCACUAGGUAACAAAACUCAUGUCCCCAGCAGCAGGGUGGGUGGGAUCCCUGACCCCCAGCCCCACUUGGAGAAGGUUACUCUGUACUCAAGGGCUUGAAGAAUCCAACUCCUAAGGGAAUGUGUUUCUAUCCUUACAGAUUUACAGGUGAAUGGGAGUGUAAUGAAUAGAACUGAUAAAGUGUG